AAUAGUGUUCAUCAAAUUGAACAAACUAAUAAUAAUAAUUAAUAAAUUAUCCAUGAAUUAUGUAUUGUCAAAAACACCUACCCUAUGAUCCCUCUAACCCAUCUCGUUGUCAACAAAAACUAUUUUACAAGUAGGUUCAGAUCUUCAAUAAUUCCCAGAAAAAAAAAAAAGAAAAAAGGCAUCCAUAUUUCAAUCUUCCAAAAUCUAUAUUUCCUUCCAAUUUGCAAAUCCCACCAAACUAACACACAGAAAGAUGUAAAUGGAAAGAAGAAUAACGAUUAUAUAUACCUUGUGUGCCAAACUCAGCUCAAAGUCAGCUCCAUAUGCUUGUCUUCCAUUGAGCUUUUUUCUUAGCUUUUCCAUAAGGACCAGUGAGGGAGUAGGCCAAGAUGAGCACGGGGCGCAGUGGAGGAAGUUGCACAGGCGGCAAUGGGGGAGGCAGUGGACCUUGCGGUGCGUGUAAGUUUCUGCGGAGGAAGUGUCUGCCUGGGUGUAUAUUUGCACCCUACUUCGACUCCGAACAGGGCACGGCUCAUUUUGCAGCGGUGCACAAGGUGUUCGGAGCCAGCAAUGUAUCGAAGCUGCUUUUACAUAUUCCAGAACACAAGCGGCUUGACGCUGCUAUAACCAUAUGCUAUGAAGCUCAAGCUCGGGUCAGAGAGCCAGUUCUUGGCUGUGUUGCUCAUAUCUUUGCUCUUCAAGAACAGGCAGCGAGGUUGCGAGCUGAGCUCUCAUACUUACAAGCAUACCUAGCAGCAUCCGAGCUUCGAAGACCCCAAUCCAAUCUACAGGCACAGCCACCACCUCUGAUUAAGCCAUCUCUACCCUCAAUUUCAAACCUGCCAUUAGAUUCCCCCUCCUUGCCCGUUUCAUCGGAUCUUUCCCUACUGCUCGAUCCUGUGGUGCAAGCUUCAGGAUCAAAACCGCAGUCUCCAUUCGAAUCAUGUCAAAUUGGAAGCAACAAUUUCCCAUCCAUGGCCGGCAGGGAUCAACGACUCAUUUACAAACAACUGUCCUCAAUGCAGUGUAUUGGUGCCUCCUUAUUUCCAUACCUCCCAAAACGAGCCUAACUGUGAUUGGGUUCUGAUCAUCACA